CACAAACAGUGUGUUGUAUUAUACACGUACAUAUAUACCGUGUUAUGGAGAAUAAUCUGAACUUUAUUUGGUAUCAGUGACCACCUACAGGAUGAGCAAGAGGCUUGCAAUCAUAGUGUGCUUUUUACACGUGAUUGGAGCUUGUCUGGGGCAUCUGUGUAUCAUAUCCCCCAGACAGAGGGGAGCGUUUGAUAUUAGUAAGGGUGGAAGCAGUACGUGUUUCCGUCACGGGGCGCCAUGUGGGGGUCAGGCUCCAACGAAACCAAGGGUCACAUAUUUUGGCGGGAAAACGGCAUUUAUAAAAUGGCAGCAGAACUUCAACCACUAUACAGUGGGAUUUCCAGGUUUUAUGGACGUGGCAUUGGGGAUCGACGAGAAAGAUCCAAACAACUUCACGGUUCUUGCUGUCGUACAAGAUGACAACUUUCAUGCACAAGAUCAUCAACAAAAUUACACAGCAGCCGUAGUGCUCCCAAACAUCGAUUGCAGUCAUUGUGUAUUGCGCAUGCGCUAUCAAUCUCACAAACCUGGGGAAACUAUCUUCUAUCAGUGCGCUGACAUCUCAAUCAAGAAAACACCAAAUAGUGAACAUGCACAUUCGAAAGAGAAUACAAUUCCUGAUGAUGUAAUUGCUCCUCCCAUCAAAAAAGCGCAACAGUUGAUUGAUAAUCAUCCAGCUAUGAUAACACCGACGUUUUAUGGGUAUGCAUUUAAUAAAUUCGAUCCUGAUGUAUGUCACUAUGUGCAAUUAAACUGGCCAAAUCUCUAUGUUAAACCAAUCAUAUCAAUCCCUUUUGGGAUAUCAAGUCAGCUGAACAUUCAGCCACCGAAGAUGGAGUUUAAUUCAGAGUCUCAAACGUGGCACAAUAGAAGACUUAAGAGAACGCCAGAAACAAUGCUAUCCAAAAUGGUUGACAAUUAUAUAAAGAACAAUGCGCCCGAACCCCAUGCUUACUUGGUAGACCAGGUCAUGGUUACCGAUACAAAAUGGGGCCCAGGCGGACGGCUGAACGUCACCGUACUCAUAAGACAUGAUGGCAAUCUGGAUGACCCGACUGUUACAAUGUACGUGGUUGGGGCCUGGAAUGGAUCCCUCGUGAGGGAGGGUCCUAUUAUUGGACGACCAGACAAUGUUCCUAUAAGUGCGCUACAAUUGCAGUAUCCCGGAGUCUACCUUCAGUUGAUAAUAAUCGAUGCUCCCAACAAACCAGGUUUUUACAUAUUCAAAGUUGGACAUUUCUUCCUGGACUCUGAAUAUUUGGGCGACCUUGCAACAUCAGAGUCCGAGGACACGUACGUUAACUUCCAAUGGAGUACCUUUGAUCCCAACAAGCAAUUGUUCUACGCCUUGAUGGGAAACGAGAACUCGCCAGAUGAGCUUGAUGCUAGAAUUUACACAUUUGAUCUCAAUCAUAAUAAGGUGACAUACAAGCAGUUGGAUGUCUCUACAUACACAAUCCAAGCUGCCCAGCUCUACCAGGAGACCGGCCAAUUGCUAGCUCUCUCCCCUGGACUCUUCAAGCAGAACAUGAAUCCAGCCUGGGCGCUUGUAGAAGUGGACCCACUAACUGGCAAGAUCACUAAACUAUUUGAUGUAACACCAGCGGGUAUAUUUUCCAAAUACUAUGGUGGUACAAUAAUCAAUGGAGUAAACGAUGGGAUAUUCUAUUAUAAGCUGAGUGUGGCAGACACCCAUGCAUCAGUUAUUGUAUCAGUAGACAUUAAAACAGGGGAUGUGGCUUACUCAAACAUGGCAAAUCUGGAACACAUUCACAAUUUAGCCAUUAUAGAGCCAUAAUAUGAUCUAGAAAGUGGCAUUUUGCAUUCUGAAUGAGAGCAAGCAUUGCAGAUACAAUGAGAAGAAUAUUACAUACAAGGCAUUGACAUGCAGCACGUCACUACCUGCCAUUUGUUACAGACGCCGAACACCAACUACAAAAACACAGGCCACAAAAAAAGUUUGAGACAAUUAUAAUAUGUCA